AUGAAGCUUCCAUUUAUUUUGAUCGGUUUAUUUUGCGGCUUGUGUUGUGGCCUAGACGAGAAGAGGAUUCGGCCAAGUCAGGGGCAAUUUUUCGAGUGGCUAGGCUCGAUAUUUUUACCCCCUGUGACCACAACAACGACCUCUACUCCGGCAUUGAGUACCUCUUCAACUACAACUAGGAGGACCACAAAGUCCACAACAACUACGACUUCAAGACCUACAGUAGCCAACUUUCCCAUAGAAAGGGACUGCGUCACGUGUCGCUGUGGCCUGAUUAAUACCCUGUACAAAAUCGUGGGAGGUCAGGAGACCCGAGUCCAUCAAUAUCCCUGGAUGGCUGUGAUCCUGAUAUACGAUCGCUUCUACUGCUCGGGUUCUCUGAUCAAUGAUCUAUAUGUCCUGACAGCAGCGCACUGUGUGGAGGGAGUUCCGCCAGAACUAAUCACCCUGCGAUUCCUCGAACACAAUCGUAGUAAUACCAAUGAAGACAUCGUGGUCCAGCGAUUUGUCUCCAGGGUGAAGGUGCACGAGCUGUACAAUCCCCGAAGUUUCGACAACGAUAUAGCCAUUCUACGCCUCAAUCAGCCGGUUGAUAUAGAGCAUCAGCGAUUGAGACCCAUUUGCCUGCCCAUACAAUCCUACAGUUUUGAUCACGAAUUGGCCAUAGUCACUGGUUGGGGAGCUCAGAAGGAGGGAGGAUUGGGAUCGGAUAUUUUGCGGGAGGUGCAAGUUGAAGUGUUGCCCCAAUCGGAUUGCCGGAACUCCACUUCCUAUAAGCCGGGGCAAAUCACGGAUAACAUGAUGUGUGCAGGGUAUAUUUCGCAGGGGGGCAAGGACGCCUGCAGUGGCGACAGUGGGGGCCCCCUGCAAACGACCUUCGAUGAGCAGCCGGGGCAAUACCAACUGGCGGGGAUCGUCUCCUGGGGCGUAGGAUGUGCCAGACCCCAGUCCCCGGGAGUUUACACCAGGGUCAACCAAUAUCUCCGCUGGCUGGGAUCUAAUACGCCGGGAGCCUGCCACUGCAUGCCCUAUCCCGAGGAAGAUUACUGA